UAGGAGCGGAGCCUGAACAGUGUGGGAUCUAGGAGAGGAACCAGCAGAAGCAGGAUCGGCAGCACAACAGGCCCCGAUGUGCAACAAUGUGUAACGAAACUGUAUCAUGCCCAUUCCCAGACAAAUACGAAGCUAUCCUGUUCCCCAUCAUCUACAGCAGUGUCUUUAUUGUGGGACUACUGGGUAACCUAAUUGCGAUCGGAGUCAUCGUCCAGCUUAUCAAGAAGAACAACAUUUUGGGAGUCUAUCUGGCCAACCUUUGCGCCUCUGAUCUCAUGUACAUCUUUACCCUUCCUGUCUGGAUAGUCUACACCGCUAAGGAAGAUUGGGUUUUUGGGACUCUAACGUGUAAGAUAGUGGGCUUCUUCUUCAAUUCCAAUCUCUACACCACGAUUGCCUUCCUCAGUUGUAUAGCCACGGACCGCUUUAUUGCCACCGUUUUCCCGUUACGCUCUAGGAUCAUCCGGAGCAUGAAGAAGGCAUUGAUAACUUGUGCGGUGGUGUGGCUCAUAAUCCUUGGAUCCCACAGUUAUUUCUUGAGCAGGAAUGAUCUGUUUACCUCAUCGCAAGAUGUAGAACUCUGCUAUGAGAAGUAUCCCAUGGAGCAAUGGAUGGCUCAUCUCAAUUAUUUUAGAAUCUUUGUGGUAUUUCUUAUCCCGCUAAUUCUUCUCGUUUUCUCCUACUGCUCCAUCAUCCGUGCUAUCCAUCGUACUUCUAGCUUGGAUGUAAUACAGAGAAGAAAAAUUACUGGCCUUCUACUGUCUAUGACCACCAUCUUUAUUGUCUGCUACCUCCCAUACCAUGUGGUCCUUUUUAUCCGUUCAUAUGUCAGCAACUUAAACUACUGCAACUGUGAGAUCGAAAAGCGAGUCAGACCAGCCUAUCGGAUCUCCUUUGCCCUCACGAGCCUCAGUAGUGCUGUAGACCCUUUUAUUAAUAUCUUUGUUAGUGAAGGGGUAAAGCAGGAUUUAAUGGUGGAACUCCGAGCUCUCUGGUAUUAUUUGCUAUAUCGAAGAAGAGCUGAUAAAAGCAAAAGAAAGUGCCUGACCUUUGUCUGUGAUGAAGCUGCAAAAAACCACAAUGGACUCCUGUGCACACAUCAAACCAAAGUCCAGACCCAGUUCUGAACAACGGAACCUUAACCAGGUCUCGAUUAGACUUUGCAAGAAGUAAUAGCUCCCAAUGUGAUGGAUUAACAAUUUAAAAAUCAAGAAAAUGGCAAGAUAUACCUAAAAAAAAAAAAAACAAUUACGAGGCCUCUGCAACCAGUGUUUAGGCAGUUUUGGUAUAUUUUAUGUUUAUGAACUACUUGCCAUCAAAAAUGGUGGCUCCUGUUCUCAUGGAAUACAGUUGACUUCUAUAUAGAGACAAUAAGCAAAGGAAUGACACCGGCACUACUGUCUAUGUUUAGCAAAGUUCAAACACAAAUGGACCUCUUCGAUAGUCACAAUGAAUGGCUGUAUGGCUCGUGUUAAGACGACUUCAGGUGGUGCUCACAUUCAAAGGAGACAGUUCACAUUGAGCAAA